ACUCCCACUAGAGUACACACAUCAUAUGAUUUGUUUUAGUCUUCUUAUAAAACGCACUGCGUUCUUUCAUUAUGUCGUGACUCGUGAGUCAACACACCGACGACAACAGUUUCAUUUACUCAGAACUAUGAAUUCGUUUAUGACCAUUGUGGUUUUGGGCACGUGCAUGAUGGCUGUGUGCCUAGCAAUGCCACAAGGAUCUAAAGAUGGAGCUAUAUUCACAAACGAAGCAAUCAGACAAGCACAGAGUACACAUCUUAUACCCCAAAAUGCUCAGAUUCAGAAGGUCCAAGAAGGCGUAGAGUUAGUCGCAUACGAGUCAAUACCUGGCUCACAGGCUAUCAACCUGUUCGAGAUCCUCGGUGACCACGUACCUCCAGAGGUGGUCAGCAACCUUCAAACCCAAGUCGAUCAAGUUGGAAAACAAUGAAAACGCUAUUAUAUAAUUUAAUUUGGCUUCAUAUAUUAUUAUUUAGUUUGUCUUCCUAAAAUAAGUCUGGGUAACUCGCGUCUUGAAUAAUAAUGUUCUUAUAUUUUCUAAUAUAUUUCAACGUUGAGUUCUAAUACACAUUAUGCAUCUUCGUGAUACGACUCUUACACAACAUUGUUAUUGAUUAGUUUUUAACAGAGAAAGUAUUUUUGUUUUUCAACGAAAGUGCUUUCACCCACUGUUUUAUUAUUAUUAUUUUUUUUUUUUGACAAAUGCUUAUACAUAUACCUACAUUUACUUUCUAUGCCUUAAAGAUAUUACAAACAAUAAACAUGAUCAGAUUUAUUAAAUGUAUAUAGGUAACUACAUACGAAUAUGUUAUUGAACCUUGUUUUUAUAUACAUAUUUUUUUCAACAUAAAAUAUUUUAAUUCAAAGAAUAAAUUUAUAUUAUUUAUUUUAAUGA